CUUCCCCCCUCCACCUCCUCCUCCUCUUCUUCCUCCUCCUCCUCUUCUUCCUCCUCCUCCUCCUCCUCCUCCUCGCCAGUUGGCUCAAGGCAAGCCCUGCCCGCUUCGCGUGCGUUCCAUCCGCUCGGCCCGAGGGCGCGAAGACAUGGCCAUGCGUGGCGCGUUGCGAAUCUCCCAGCGCCUCGGCAUGCGCAUCGAGACGCCGGAGUUCACGAAGAGCCGUUUCGCGCGGCGCUGGAACAUGAUGGACGAGGACCGCGUGAAGUGGUACAACUGGAACCUCUCCUGCAUUGUGCUCACCUCGGUGCCGCUCCUAUGGAUGUACACGGUGAAGUACCAGACCUGCGAGGAGGUGGCCACCAUCCAGCGCACCCUGGACCCCAUGGGCACCGAGAAGAUCAAGUACGACCUCCGGCUCUACGGCAGCUGAGAUGCAGAUGUGGGCAGUGGAGGCGGAGUGCCCGCCUACCCCCCCCCCCCGCGGUGCGCGUGGGGGGUGGGGCGGUGCGGCUCCAGCACUGCGGCGCGGAACUUUUUGACUCUCGGCGCGGGCCGUGAGGAGGAGGAGGAGAAGGAGGAGGA